GAUUCCAUCAACCUGACAAAAGAGAUGAAGGUGCUGGAGACCCGAUACAACACUAUGGUUGUGAGCCGAGAUACGCUGCAAGAGGAGGUCAACAGGUUCAAUCUCAGCAAGAAAGAUUCCAAGGCCAUCGGUCAUCAGGACUCAAAGUGUGAAAACCGGAUCUCCAGCCUGACUGCAGACAGAGACGCUCUGAGAGAUGAGCGAUAUCAACUGAAGUUGGAUUCCAUCAACCUGACAAAAGAGAUGGAGGUGCUGCAGACGCAAUAAAACACUAUGGUUGUGAGCCGAGAUACGCUGCAAGAGGAGGUCAACAGGUUAAAUCUCAGCAAGAAAGAUUCCAAGGCCAUCGGUCAUCAGGACUCAACGUGUGAAAACCGGAUCUCCAGCCUGACCGCAGACAGAGACGCUCUGAGAGAUGAGCGAUAUCAACUGAAGUUGGAUUCCAUCAACCUGACAAAAGAGAUGGAGGUGCUGCAGACGCAAUACAACACUAUGGUUGUGAGCCGAGAUACGCUGCAAGAGGAGGUCAACAGGUUCAAUCUCAGCAAGAAAGAUGAACCUUGCCAGGAAGGAUGGAAAACGUUCAAUGGCAAGUGCUACUAUUUCUCUACUUCUGGAGUGACUAGAUCUUGGGAGAACAGCAGAAAAUACUGUAAAGAAAGAGGAGCUGACCUGGUGAUCAUAACCACAAAAGAAGAGCUGAAUUUUGUCGUUCAAUCUUAUCGCGUAACCUGGAUUGGUCUGUCUGACAGGGAGCAAGAGAACUCGUGGAAGUGGGUGGAUGGGAGUGAUCUGAUAGAUGACGGAUUUUGGCAAGUAGGGGAGCCCAAUAAUCAUAAAAACAAUGAGCAUUGUGCCGAGGUCUCACGUUCAGCUAAGAGAUUUAAUGACGUGCCUUGUGAACGCAAGUUUUCAUGGGCAUGUGAGAAUUAAGGUGCUGUGGGCAUUUGUUUGUUUUUCAUUUACUCGUGUGCCUUUUUUUUAAAUCUAAUUAUUACUCUUACUGGUCUGGAAAUAAUAAACAGUCUGAUUACAACUGUUCCUUUUAAGCACUAAAAUAGAAAUAAAGCUGAUUCAACCAUUUAAAAAAAAUCAACACUGAAUUAGCUUUCUUUUAUCUUCGCAUUGCCCAUUCGCAUUUUGUUCCUGAUUUUAUGAAUUAUUAGUAAUUCAAAGUGAAAGAAUGUAACGCAAUACUGUGUCUUCUUGAUGUUUCCUCCACUGAUUAUAAAAUUAACAAUAAACUCGAAAAUGUAAUAAUUGA